AUGCUUGGCCGACUCUUGAGUACCGCCGCGUCGACUCUGAACCCGGCGGCAUACUCUGGACGAAGCAAUGGAACGCCUCUUGAGUCUGUGACUGAAGAGGAACACACCUCCGGUCUUCUUUUCCCCGACGCCAGCCUCCUUCGACGUUCCAAUACCCAUGCCUUCCCAUUACAGACGACCUUCAAUUCCCCGAAUGCCUCGACCGCUGGUGCAUAUGAUGACCGCGGGGGAAUGGAAUUGGAUCCAAUCAAAGAUUUUCGUGUGAUUGUUGCACAAAAUGCAUUGGGCGACCGAGAUGCAUGUGUCUUACUUGACACUCGUGCUUCCGAUUCACCCCCCGCCGGUCUAGGAAUCGACCCACAAGGCAACGACCAGUCCGGUACUAGACAUACUAGAGCAGCCUCAAGUCUUUCUCGUGGAACACGUCGCAAUAUUCUCACCCAAUCAUCCCUCGUCGAAUCGAGUCCCCUCUCCGCAGCUGCAGAUGCACGCAGGUCGACACCAGCCGGCCCGGGUGCUUUUUCCCGGGCUCGAGGCCGUAGCUCUACACUGGCACCACCGGGAACAUGGCAUGACCCUGGCCCACAGCGACACCCCUCCGACUCCAAUGAUACCGGCCUUCUGAACUGCAUAUUCGGCAGCAGCGCCUUCAGCUACCGGGGGUCGUCUACAAAAAUGCACAUAAUUUCCGCUGAUGAAAGCCCGGCAACUGGGGUGAGUGCAUCACCUGCUGCCCGCAGUCCACUUUCCCGGGCAUAUACCACAGGGAGUCCCUCGGCUCCGAUAGGACUAGCCCGAGGAGUGGACGACAAGCCACCUUCCAAAGUCACAGUUCUCUUGACUCGCAUGUUUAGUGUGAAUCUUCCCGAAGGAGCGGAAGCAUCGGCUGAGCGACAUGACUAUGCCAAUGCUCUCUACCAAGAGUCAUUGCCCGAGAUGGAGUUCCCAUUCCCGGACGUUUCUAAGCGCAAGAAAAUCAAGGAGAAGAAAACACCCAUGUACGCGGUUGCAAUUACGAUUCAGAUCCCCUUGCUGCCACGCAAUACCGGACGUCCUGCAUCAAGGUUUAGUACUCCAGGCCCAGACUCUCCUCGGCCAGGGUUUUCAAGCUCGCUGGAUUCUGAUCACCGCUGGCCGGGUGGAUUUUUUGAUGAUAGCCUAUCUUCUGCCUCGCCCCCGGCUAGCCUGGAUGAGCGUCUGGACUUGUUAGUUGAUCAUUGGGACGUCAUUACUCGUACACUCUCCCACCUCGAAAGACUUGUUCGCAACGAAAUUCUCUUUCUUUUGAAGAAGGUGGACUCUUUAUCCGGGCCACACCCAAAGCCUGUGAAGCCUCCCAAUAUGCAGCGGACCAACCAGACCAUUGUGCAUUUACCUGCCAACAUUCUAUCGGUUAAUUCGAAGCUCAAAGAAGAAGCCAUUCGCAGCUCCCGCCGGAUCAGCCUUGCUCUUCAAACCCCAUAUGUGGUUACUGGACAAAGUCGUUGGGGCGUCUGGCGAGAGGAAGGCCGUUCAAUUGUUCGUGGUCUGGGCGACAAAGAGCAGAACUUCUUCUUCCUAGUUGUUUUGACAGCAUUUUUGGGAAAUCACACCGAGUGGCUCAACAGCCUUGGCCCGGAGUGGUAUCGUCGCCGCCAUAACCAGCAAAACAAAGCUCAGCAGGAUGGCGAACUCAUUCUUGCAAACAGAACAGUCAUUAUAUGCCCAGAUAAGAUGACUGCUCGUCGCCUCGUGUUCUUACUAGCCGCUUUCUUGCCCUCCAAACAACGCCUGGAGCCGUUACCUUCCCCUCUUAGACCUGGUACAUCGGCCUCAAUGCGUGCUAUCUCUCAAAGCCCACCGACUGUGCCUGUCCUCCGCCAGGAAUCCCUUCGAAGAGCGAUUGAACGACGAGCUCGUGCUCAACGAAUGAUCAUGGGCGAUGCCGAUCACCACCAGCGAUCAGUGAGCGUUUCGUCUCAAGAGACAGCCCAGCGGUCGAUCGAUGGAGCUGAAAUAACACCACCGGCGGAACACUCGGCCUCGGCGCGCAGAGGAUCUGAUGCUCGCUCCAUCAAACCCCCCGGGGCAAACAUCCAUCCGAAGGAUGCUCGAGCCAUGAAUACGAGCGGAGCAACUACUUCUAUGAUCACUCAGAGCAGCACUGUUCCUGUUCCUCAUUUUACUUCUCAGCCAAGCCAUUCCACCCAGGCUAGAACAGAGCGCAGCGCAGCCGCAGGCAACGAUAGCCUAGCAUCGGAGACUCUACUGAAGAGCCUUCAACGAAGUGACAGCUCUGCAGUAAGCACGGAUGGCAGUGUUUCCUCAGCUGGAGGCCGCUGGGGGGGUAUUUUCUCCGGUCUUUGGAGCUCCCGCCAAGGCUCAUCUACCGAAUGUAGCGAGCCAUAUUCCCCAUCUGAAGCUCGCAGAAGGUCUGCCUCUACAAUAUCUGGUCCUGCUAGGCGCGGGUCAACUACUUUGACUCAAAUGGUCAAGGAGGUCACAGAACAUGAGGAUGAGCAUCGGCCCGAAACAGCUCCCAGUGGAAACAUCUCAAUUCCAACUGCUUUUGCCGCCGCUCCUCACAACACUGAGGCUGCCUCGCCAGAGCCAUCAUCACUCACCAGCCAAGUUCGGGAGUCGCCUUUGAAGUUGUCAGUCCGAGCAGAGGAAGGCGUGGUGGAUGUUGACCUUCCACUUCCUGGUUUCAUGUCACUUUCUUCAUCCGGCGAUUCGACUAUUGCCUCGCCAAAGAAGACUCGAACCUCCGUCACCAGCAUGGAUGCAAUUGCUUCUACACAUAGCAGUGGCUCCGGAUUUCCGGGUACCAUGAAGGAUAGCGAUGGACCAACUGCCCAUGUGGCUGGUUGGUUAAAAUCCUUCCAUGAGGAUUUCUCGCUCCAAGCGGUCCGGCCUUAUGCUUCUCUUGAAGCAGAAAUCAAACAGGCAAUGCGGGCUGAACCAUCCCCAUAUAUCCCCUCCACAUCCGAUGUGGACGGAUCAGAGAAAUGGGUAGAUGUUGCAACGACUUUGAUUGCAGACACCAAGGCUUCUACGGUGAAACGACUCCGCUUGCGACGCAAGAUCAUAGUGGGUCACAACUCUGGGGCUUCUCAUACGCCUCCUUCCCCUGCCGACGCUACCCCCCGUGGAUCUACUGGAGGUGCCUCGGCCUCACAAUUCACCAGCUUCUUUUCCGGGCAUGAGAAACCUCACAGCCCGGCCACUCAGGGUUUUGUGGAAGAGCGGUUCAUCGAGGAGCCUGUGAUGGAUCUCGAUGGAGUUCUAGUUGAUGCUGUCGAGCGUGUCUUGGGACAGAGCGGUUACUCGUCAAUGGCACAGUCACGUGCCCCUUCCCCUAACCGUGCUCGUAAAGCUGAAGACAAAGGCCCCUCUUCUAGAGGCGAUGAAGCCCCUCCCCUUGAAGUACCUCGUGGUGAAUGCCGCAAAAUGGUGCUCGGAGCCCUCGAAGAAGUCGUCCGCCUUGUCACCGCCGAACAUUGCCGUGAGGAUGUGGACAGCACACUCGGGCUUGCCGACCGCGAGCGGAGAAGAGCACUAUCAGGCGCUGAUAAUACAUUGCGUGAAGGAAUCCGAAAGUGGCUCCUUGACGUCGAAGAAGUUUGGUGA